AUGUGUAUUCAUUGCGAGGGUGAUUUGGAUAUACGUAAAUGUCGUCAAGAUGAAUUGACAUUAACAUUUUUCAAUAAAGAUGAAUCACAAGAAGCAGCGACGUCCCACGAGACAAAACCAAUCGGGCUAAUUUUAUCAUUUCAUUUUCUGCCAAUCAUCGCUUAUUGUUUCAAGUUGAAAAACCUGCCUCAGUUUGAGUCCACUGGUUACAUGACGAACUUGAAAAGUCAUUGCAAAAGAUUUUUAUCUUAA